CAGAGAAAGACGAAGGAGGCGUUUGCGGUCCUGCUCCUUUGCAUUCUGAUCAAUGUGCUGAGCUCGGCUUAUGCUGAUACAGAUUCUACUGAUGCAUCUAUAUUAAGGCUCAUGUUCACCAGCCUGAAUUCACCAUCCCAGCUAACAAACUGGAAACCAAGCGAUGGUGACCCGUGUGGAGAAUCCUGGAAGGGUAUUUCUUGCUCAAAGAACAAAGUUACCGAAAUCAAGAUUCCAAGUCUAGGGCUCACCGGAUCAAUGGGGUUCCAAUUGGAUCAACUGAAAAAUGUAACCGACCUUGAUAUAAGCAACAAUAAUCUUGGAAACCAGCUACCUUAUCAGCUUCCUCCAAAUGUACAGCGACUAAACCUUGCUGGUAAUGGAUUUGGCGGUCAACUCCCUUUCUCCAUUUCCCAGAUGACUUCUCUUCAAUAUUUAAAUCUGAGUAACAAUAAAAUUCAGGGCCAAUUGAAUGAUAUGUUUGGAUCUCUUUCUUCCCUAUCAACAUUAGAUUUCUCAUUCAAUUUGAUGACGGGUGAUCUUCCUCAAACUCUUACUUCACUUACAAGUAUGAGCAACAUGUAUUUGCAGAACAACCAGUUCACGGGGACCAUCAAUGUCCUUGCAAAUCUGCCUCUCGAGAAUCUGAAUGUUGAGAACAAUCGUUUCACGGGAUGGAUUCCUGAGCAGUUAAAAAGCAUACAGAGAUUACAAACGGAUGGUAAUACUUGGAACUCGGGCCCCUCACCCCCACCCCCUCCUGGCACAGCUAGUAGCCCCCGUAGAAAUCACCGUGGAAGCCCUACGAGGCCAUCAAGUGGUGGAGGCAAUGUCAGUGCUGGUGGUGAAAAAUCUGGUAUAGGUGGUGGAGGUGUUGCUGGAAUCGUAAUAUCCAUUUUAGUGGUGGGAGGAAUUGUAGCAUUCUUUGUUAUCAAGAGAAGAUCGAGAAGAAAAAGAUUAACUGAUACUGAAAAAAAUGAUAAUGAGAUCAUUUCUCCUCUAGCUUCAAAUGGAGUACAAGAAAUGAAAUCUCUUGAGACAUUCUCCAAUAUGAGAACAGAAACAUUGGAGACUCCUGCUGCAGUUAAUCUAAGACCUCCAAUGGCUCCACCGAUCAACCAUCACCAAUCCUUUGAUGAAGAUGAUGUGUUAGCCAAAUCCAUUGUCACCCCCAAGAAUAUCAAUACAUCACAGAUAAAUGCUACUCGGUAUUCUAUUGCAGACUUGCAGAUGGCUACAGAUAGCUUCAGUGCUGAAAAUCUUCUUGGCGAGGGAUCAGUAGGUCGUGUUUACAGGGCUCAAUUCCAACACGGGAAGGUUCAUGCUGUAAUGAAAAUCAAUUCAUCAUCUCUUCAAGAGCCUGAAGAUUUUAUGGAGUUGGUUUCUACAAUAUCACGGCUGCAUCACGCAAACGUGACUGAGCUUGUAGGAUAUUGUUCAGAACAUCAACAGUAUCUGCUUAUUUAUGAAUUCCACAAAAAUGGUACUUUGCAUGAUUUUCUUCAUCUCUCAGAUGAGUUCAGCAGGCCACUAACCUGGAACAACAGAGUUAAGAUUGCUUUGGGGACAGCACGUGCAUUGGAAUAUCUACAUGAAGUUUGCUCGCCAUCAGUGGUCCAUAAGAAUUUUAAAUCUUCUAACAUUUUACUUGAUUCUGAGCUCAAUCCUCAUCUAUCAGACUGUGGAUUAGCAAGCCUUAUACCAGAUGGAGAUCAGGCUUUGAACCAUACUACUGGGUCAGGUUAUGGUGCACCUGAGGUUUCCAUGUCUGGGAGCUAUACAAUAAAGAGUGAUGUGUACAGUUUUGGUGUGGUCAUGUUGGAACUUCUUACCGGGAGAAAGCCAUUUGAUAGUUCAAGGCCAAGAGCUGAACAAUUGUUAGUUCGAUGGGCUACACCUCAACUACAUGACAUUGAUGCCCUGACUAAGAUGGUUGAUCCAACACUUGAAGGACUCUAUCCAGUCAAAUCCCUCUCCCGCUUUGCUGAUGUCAUCGCUCUUUGCGUCCAGACGGAGCCAGAGUUCAGACCACCGAUGUCGGAAGUGGUUGAAGCACUGGUUCGGUUGGUGCAACGAGCAAACAUGAGCAAGAGAACAUCAUUCAACAAUGCAGCAGAUGCCGAAUAAUACAUGCGCAUGGAGUUGUUGAUUAAGCAGCUUUCGUUAAGACACUUGGUUUAUGUUAUCAUGUGAAAGGUUUCCGUAGCCUUUUGUUCACCUGAUACUGGAUGCUCGCUUUUGGCUUCGCUGCACCCUGCAAGUGUUUGUAUCAUACCAGGCCCUUUAAUUAGUGAACUUUGAGCUGUUUAUGUAUAGCGUGCUUUUAUCUAUUUAUUCAUAUUUACUUCUUUCAUUAGUAUAAUCACCUUUUAUCAUUUCUUUCCUGUGUGGAUCAAAUAAUUUGCAAGAAAAUGCAUUUUGUAAAAAAGAUGUGAUAAAAUGCUAUAUAUGUGCCCAAAAUUUAUUUAUAUACGUAAUGAUGACUUUAACAUUUUAUUCAUUUAUUUAGUCAUAUACCCUGUGUAAAUAAAAAAGUUCAGCAAUAUACUCAUGAGUCAUUG